AUGGAUCAAGGAGAGACAGGUUUGCAAGAGGAGAUUCGUGGGUUCUUUUUUGUUUAUUGGUGCUGUUUCUGCUGGAUCAAGGUAACGAUGAUUGCUACGUUAUCUGGUAGUCGUCGUGUCGGCGAGCAUGAUCAUUUGCUUAGGGGCAAUAGACGUAUGGGUCGCGGUGGUUUGUACGGUAUUGGUUGA